AUGGGAGUCCCCAAGUUUUACCGAUGGAUCUCGGAGCGAUAUCCCUGCCUCAGCGAAGUGGUGAAGGAGCAUCAGAUUCCUGAAUUUGAUAACUUAUACCUGGAUAUGAAUGGAAUUAUACAUCAGUGUUCCCAUCCUAAUGAUGAUGAUGUUCACUUCAGAAUUUCAGAUGAUAAAAUCUUCACUGAUAUUUUUCACUACUUGGAGGUGUUGUUCCGCAUUAUUAAGCCCAGGAAAGUAUUCUUCAUGGCUGUUGAUGGUGUGGCUCCUCGAGCAAAGAUGAACCAACAGCGUGGGAGGCGUUUUAGGUCAGCAAAGGAGGCUGAAGACAAAAUUAAAAAGGCAAUAGAAAAAGGAGAAACUCUUCCUGCAGAGGCCAGAUUUGAUUCCAACUGCAUUACACCAGGGACUGAAUUCAUGGCCAGGUUACAUGAACAUCUGAAGUACUUUGUAAAUAUGAAAAUUUCUACAGACAAAUCGUGGCAAGGAGUUACCAUCUACUUCUCAGGCCAUGAGACUCCUGGAGAAGGAGAGCAUAAAAUCAUGGAGUUUAUCAGAUCCGAGAAGGCAAAGCCAGAUCAUGAUCCAAACACCAGACACUGUCUUUAUGGCUUAGAUGCUGACUUGAUUAUGCUUGGAUUAACAAGUCAUGAGGCACAUUUCUCUCUUUUAAGAGAAGAAGUUCGAUUUGGUGGCAAAAAGACACAAAGGGUAUGCGCACCAGAAGAAACCACAUUUCACCUCCUACACUUGUCUUUAAUGAGAGAGUAUAUUGACUAUGAGUUUUCAGCAUUAAAAGACAAGAUCACAUUUAAAUAUGAUAUUGAAAGGAUAAUAGAUGAUUGGAUUUUGAUGGGAUUUCUUGUUGGCAAUGAUUUUAUCCCUCAUCUACCUCAUUUACAUAUUAAUCAUGAUGCACUGCCUCUUCUUUAUGGAACAUAUAUUACCAUCCUGCCAGAACUUGGGGGUUAUAUUAAUGAAAGUGGGCAUCUCAACUUACCUCGAUUUGAGAAAUACCUUGUGAAACUAUCAGAUUUUGAUCGAGAACACUUCAGUGAAGUUUUUGUGGACCUAAAGUGGUUUGAAAGCAAAGUUGGUAACAAGUACCUCAAUGAAGCAGCAGGUGUUGCAGCAGAAGAAGCCAAGAACUUCAAGGAAAAGAAAAAAUCAAAGGGCCAGGAAAAUUCCAUGUGUUGGGCUGCUUUAGACAAAAAUGGAGAAGUGGUAACUUCUAAGGGUAAUUUAGAAGAAGAGAUGGAAGAUGAUGACCUAUUUGAAACCGAGUUUAGGCAAUAUAAAAGAACAUAUUACAUGACAAAGAUGGGAGUUGACGUAGUUUCUGAUGACUUUCUGGCUGAUCAAGCUGCAUGUUAUGUUCAGGCAAUACAGUGGAUUUUGCACUAUUACUAUCACGGCGUUCAGUCCUGGAGCUGGUUUUAUCCGUACCAUUAUGCACCUUUCCUGUCUGAUAUCCGCAACAUCAGUACACUCAAAAUCCAUUUUGAACUGGGAAAACCUUUUAAGCCAUUUGAACAACUUCUUGCUGUACUUCCAGCAGCUAGCAAAAAUUUACUCCCUGCAUGCUACCAGCAUUUGAUGACCAGUGACGACUCGCCAAUUAUAGAAUAUUAUCCACCUGAUUUUAAAACUGACCUAAAUGGGAAACAACAGGAAUGGGAAGCUGUGGUACUAAUACCUUUUAUUGAUGAGAAGCGAUUGUUAGAAGCCAUGGAGACAUGUAACCACUCCCUCAAAAAAGAAGAGAGAAAAAGAAAUCAACAUAGUGAGUGCCUAAUGUGCUGGUUUGACAGCGACACAGAGUUCACCUACCCCUCUCCAUGGCCAGAAAAGUUUCCUCCCGUAGAGCGAUGCUGUGCAAGGUAUAAAAUAAUAUCAUUAGAUGCUUGGCGUAUAGAUAUAAGCAAGAACAAAAUAACCAAGGUUGACCAGAAGGCAUUAUAUUUCUGUGGAUUUCCUACUUUGAAACACAUCAAACACAAAUUUUUUUUGAAGAAAAGUGGGGUUCAAGUAUUCCAGCAAAGCAGUCGUGGAGAAAACAUGAUGUUGGAAAUCUUAGUGAAUGCUGAGUCAGAUGAGCUUAGUGUAGAAAAUAUAGCUUCGUCAGUGCUUGGGAAGUCUGUCUUUGUUAAUUGGCCUCAUCUUGAAGAAGCUAGAGUUGUUGGUGUAUCAGAUGGAGAAACUAAGUUUUACUUGGAAGAACCUCCAGGAACACAGAAACUUUAUUUGGGAAGAACUGCACCACCAUCUAAAGUGGUCCAUCUCGGAGACAAAGAACAAUGUAAUUGGACAAAAGAAGUACAAGGAAUUUCAGAAUACUACCUGAGAAGAAAAGGAAUAAUAAUAAAUGAAACAUCUGCAGUUGUAUAUGGUCAGUUACUCACAGGUCGUAAAUAUCAAAUAAAUCAAAAUGGAGAAGUCCGUCUAGAGAAACAGUGGUCAAAACAAGUUCUUCCAUUUGUUUAUCAAACCAUUGUCAAAGACAUCCGCGCUUUUGACUCCCGUUUCUCCAGUAUAAAAACAUUGGAUGACUUGUUUCCUCCUAGAAGUAUGGUCUUUAUGCUGGGAACACCCUACUACGGAUGUGCUGGAGAGGUUCAGGAUUCAGGGGAUGUGAUUACAGAAGGCAGAAUUCGUGUGGUUUUCAGCAUUCCAUGUGAACCCAAUCUUGAUGCUUUAAUACAGAACCAGCAUAAAUAUUCUAUAAAGUACAACCCAGGAUAUGUGUUGGCCAGUCGCCUUGGAGUGAGUGGAUACCUUGUUUCAAGGUUUACAGGAAGUAUUUUUAUUGGAAGAGGAUCUAGGAGAAACCCUCAUGGAGACCAUAAAGCAAAUGUGGGUUUGAAUCUCAAAUUCAACAAAAAAAAUGAGGAGGUACCUGGAUAUACUAAGAAAGUUGGAAACGAAUGGAUGUAUUCAUCUGCAGCAGAACAGCUUCUUGCAGAGUACUUGGAGAGAGCUCCAGAACUAUUCAGUUAUAUAGCCAAAAAUAGCCAAGAGGAUGUGUUCUAUGAAGAUGACAUUUGGCCUGGAGAAAAUGAGAAUGGUGCUGAGAAAGUUCAAGAAAUUAUUACUUGGCUAAAGGGACAUCCUGUCAGUACUUUGUCUCGGUCUUCUUGUGAUUUACAAAUUCUGGAUGCAGCUAUUGUAGAGAAAAUUGAAGAAGAAAUUGAAAAGUGCAAGCAAAGAAAGAAUAAUAAGAAAGUUCGAGUGACAGUGAAGCCCCAUUUGCUAUACAGACCUUUAGAACAGCAACAUGGGGUUAUUCCUGAUCGGGAUGCAGAAUUUCGUCUCUUUGACCGUGUUGUAAAUGUGAGAGAGAACUUUUCCGUUCCAGUUGGCCUUCGGGGCACCAUCAUAGGAAUUAAAGGGGCUAAUAGAGAAGCUGAUGUACUAUUUGAAGUAUUAUUUGAUGAAGAAUUUCCUGGAGGCUUAACAAUAAGGUGCUCACCUGGUAGAGGUUAUCGACUGCCAACAAGUGCCUUGGUGAACCUUUCUCAUGGGAGUCGCUCUGAAACUGGAAAUCAGAAGUUGACAGCCAUUGUGAAACCACAGCCAGCUGUGAAUCACUAUAGCUCAAAUUCAUCCGUUUCAUCUGGGCAUUUGGGAGGCCUGAACCAUUCUCCUCAAUCACUUUUUGUUCCUACUCAAGUACCUGCUAGAGAUGAUGAUGAAUUUUGUAACAUUUGGCAGUCCUUACAAGGAUCUGGAAAGGUUCAACACUUUCAGCCACUGCUACAAGAGAAGGGUGCAGUUCUACCUCAAGAAAUAAGUCAAGUAACUCAACAUCAUAAAACUGGCUUUAAUGACAACAGCGUUAAGCAGAGAAAACAUGAACCUCACAGAAAAUUUAAAGAAGAGUGUAAGAGUCCUAAAACUGAGAGUCGGUCACAAAAAAUGUCAAAUAGGCAGACAUUUGGAGGGCCUGCCAAAUGUAAUAUUAAGCUACUGAAGAGAAAUGAAAGUUCAGAAGUCUCAGAAAAUCAAAAGGUUGUGACUGGUCAUCCAAGUGCUGUUGAUAAGCCUAAUCCUGGAAUUGAGAACUUCUUAGCAUCCUUGAAUAUCUCCAAAGAAAAUGAAAUACAGUCAUCUCAUCAUGAAGAGCCUCCAAGUGAAGAACAUUUGUCACCACAGUCAUUUGCUAUGAAGGGAACUCGGAUGCUUAAAGAAAUUCUAAAAAUUGACAGCUCUGACAGUAUGGACCGUAAGAAUGAAAUGAAACAGUUUGGUAAUGAAGUCACUGUUUCCUCUAGUAGAAGAGAUGAAUAUGGAUCUUCUUCACAACCUAAACAAAAUAAGAAAUUGACAUCUUAUAUGAACAAGCCUCACAGUGCUAGUGAGUACCAUAAUGUUCAGCCUAUGGACAGUGUUUGCUGGCCUACUGGCCAGAUUCCUCCUGUGUCCACACCAGUAACUGAACUUUCUCGAAUUUGUUCCCUUGUUGGAAUGCCACAACCAGAUUUCUCCUUUCUGAGAACACCACAGACAAUGACAGUUUGCCAGGUAAAAUUAUCUAACGGCUUACUGGUACAUGGGCCACAGUGCCAUUCUGAAAAUGAAGCCAAGGAAAAAGCUGCACUUUUUGCUAUACAACAAUUGGGCUCCUUAGGAGUGAAUUUCCCUUUGCCUCCACGAAUAUUUCCAAGUUAUCCUCCAGCCGUGCCACCUGGAACCAUUCCUCCAGUUUUUCCCCAACCUACUGGCUGGGAUCGCUAUGGAAGCAACUUAGCAUUGGGGGCAGCUAAUAUCAUGCCUUCAUCAUCUCACCUCUUUGGCUCAGUGCCAUGGGGACCACCAAUGCCAGUUCCUGGGAAGCCCUUCCAUCAUACACCAUAUGCUGGGACCAUGCCCAUGGCUGGGGGAAUGCCAGCUGGUGUGCACAAUCAGUUCAUACCUCUACAGGUAACUAAAAAAAGAGUUGCAAACAAAAAGAACUUUGAGAAUAAGGAGGCCCAGAGUUAUCAAGUCACCCCGCUUCACACUAGCCAGUCAGCAUCUUCUGAUGUCACCAAAGGAAUUCCACAGGAGACUUCAUCAGCUUCCUUACCAUCCUCUCAGAUCCCUCAACCUGCAUCUUCUUUCCAAGUUGCAGCUGCCUCCCCAGGCCAUAGUAUGCCUCACCAGAAGUCGGCACCAAGCUCUUCAAGAAGAAAAUCAAGAAAACUGGCUGUCAAUUUUGGCGUUUCUAAACCUUCUGAAUAA